AUGCUGGAGGUUACCGUCAACAUCUACACUUUGGCAGCCAAUCAUCUCCACAGGCUCGUCUCUGACCCGCAGACGGAGCACGCGACGGUCCAGGAAUGGAACCAGGCCAAGGCAUAUCUCGCCCAAGCCGCCAGCAACAAAGACUAUGACGAGCAAGACAAUUUUACCAAGCUUGUCAUGCUCAAGCAGCUCCGCGUCGUGUUUGGCAACCAUUUCUACGCUCAACUUCACCGAAACGCCCGCAAAACGAACGAGACCUUCCUGACCGACGCCGACAAGAAACAUUACUUUAUGACGCAGGCGGCGGAAAUCGCACAAAAGGACCUGACCCCGUACUUUGUCACCUGGGGACUCAAGCCCGAACAGCGCACCGUUGCCGAAAUGCACAAGCAGCCCGAGGUCUAUGCCGCAACGCCCGUGUACGGAGGCCAGUAA